CGACCCGUGAGACAAAUGUUCGAAGUUGAAGUUUGACAGUCAGGUAGUCGUGAAGCUCACCACAGAGGGUCAGCAUGGCGGAGCAGGGUAAAGAGAAAAGACAAUUGGCCGUGGCCUUGCCACCUGAGGGAGAUGCAGACGGCUAUGAACGAGAAACGUGGUCAAAUAAACUUGAUUUUCUUUUAGCCUGUAUUGGUUUUAGUGUUGGUCUGGGAAAUGUCUGGAGAUUUCCGUACCUGUGUUACAAAAAUGGUGGCGGUGCCUUUCUCUUGCCUUAUUUCCUCUGUGUAUUUAUUGGAGGUAUACCGGUAUUCUUUAUGGAAGUUUCCCUAGGACAGUUUAUGGGACGAGGUGGUCUAAAAACAUGGAACAUCGUACCUUUGUUUAAAGGUAUUGGUAUAACAGUAUGUAUUAUAGUGUUUUUGUUAAACUGUUACUAUAAUGUCAUUUUAUGUUGGGCAUUCUACUACAUGUUCAACUCUUUCCAAGCUGAACUACCAUGGAGAUAUUGUGGACAUGAAUGGAACACCAUUUGGUGUAAUGACGAUUUUGGUUCCAACGUAACGUUGAAUGACACCUUGGCUAAAAACAACUUAACAUUCAACCCAAUGGAGGUUUACAAAUUCUCCGAUCCCGUAACGGAGUUUUGGGAGUUAAAAACGUUGGCUAUAUCUGAUGGUAUUGAUGAGGUUGGAACGAUUAAAUGGGAUUUAGCUUUGUGUUUAUUAUUCGCAUGGAUCGUCGUCUAUCUCUGUAUCUGUAAGGGUAUCAAAUCUUCUGGAAAGGUUAUGUAUGUGACUGCUACAUCACCAUAUAUUUUUAUGUUAAUUCUGCUGAUUAGAAAUUCUUUACUAGACGGUGCUUAUGACGGUGUUAUAUUUUACCUGAAACCAGAUUUAGAGAGACUGAAAGACACGAGGGUAUGGGUAGAUGCUGGAACACAGAUUUUCUUCUCUUACUCGCUAAGUUUAGGUACGCUCAAUGCUUUAGGAAGUUACAACAAAUUUAACCACAAUUCAUACAGGGAUGCCAUAUUGUUUUCUUUAGCCAACAGUGGAACAAGUUUUUUCGCCGGUUUUAUUGUGUUCACUAUCCUGGGCUAUAUGGCUAAAAUCCAGGGAGUUCCUAUUUCCGAGGUGGCCGAAUCAGGACCCGGAUUAGCUUUUAUUGCCUAUCCCAAGGCUGUAUCUCAGAUGCCGGUAGCACCUCUAUGGUCUAUACUCUUCUUUCUAAUGGUGAUUCUACUAGGUCUAGACAGUCAGUUUGUAGGUGUUGAAGGUGUAGUUACUGCUGUAGUUGAUCAAUAUCCAGAUUUUUUAAGAAAAGGCUACAGAAAGGAAAUGUUUAUAGGAUUUAUUUGUGUGUUGAAUUUCUUUGUUGGACUUUCCAUGGUAACAAAUGGCGGAAUGUAUGUCUUUCAACUGUUUGAUUAUUAUUCUGGUAGUAGAAUUAUUUUACUUGUUGCUUUCUUUGAGUUGAUUGCUGUAGCCUAUUGUUAUGGUGUAAACCGUCUCUAUGACAACAUUGAAAUGAUGUUGGGCAGAAGGAUUUGGCCAUACAUGAAAAUAUGUUGGCUGUUUUUCUCACCACUUUUCUGCAUCGUUAUUUUCAUUUUGAGUGCCAUCAAUUACUCUGAAUUAGAAUAUGAGCGACCACGUAAUACCUACGUAUACCCCGAUUGGGCCGUUGGGAUUGGUUGGGCCAUGGCUUGUGCAUCGGUUAUUUUCAUUCCGUUGACUGCUUUCUAUACAUUUAUAAAAUAUGGAUUUACUAUGGAGGUGUUGCGACUUUCUAUAAGGCCGUAUGGACUGAAAGAUCACCAGAAACGUAUUCAAGAUAUCAAUGAACGAACCCUGGAAGAUCUAGAGAAGGAGAACAAUAGAGGUGUACAAUAUGAUAAUGGACAAGUUAACCUUGGAUUCGAAAAGACCAAGGGGACGUAUCCCGAGCCACAUUUUACUCAGCUUUAACAUCAUUAUAUAAUGGGCUAAAUCUAUUUGUUAAGGCCAGCUAGGUCCAGGGUUUAGGUUUUAAAUUGAGCUGGCCUUAUCAUUUAGCACUAACCUAAUAUAAUGUGUUAUUAAUCGUCUCAAUCUGAGAAUUAUAAUCCCUGUUUUUAAAACAUUCCUUUGAACCAAUCAAAUAACAUAUUAACACUUUAUCGAAUUCCAACCAAUGAUGUAGCAGCAGAAUAUUAUGUACGCUAUGCAGCCCCCCCCCCCCCCCUUAAACAAAUUCAAAUAGCAGUAGUUAAAGAGUUUUUGCGGAGGUCCCCCGAUCCAGUAAAAGUAUUCAGGACGUUUGGUGAUCAUUUUCUUUACAUAAUUUGAAACACUCGUGUGUAUUUAAACGAUUAUUUUAAAGGGCAAAUAAAGUGAAAUAUGGCCUGAAUUUAUCACAUUCGCACCACACCCCGUUUUGUUUUUAUUUUCUCCCUUUUUAAUAGAUUACGUAGACUAGUUAUUUUUUUAAAAUAAAAAUAGUUUUACUGUAUAUGAGGCCGAUAACAAACACCAUAUAUCAACUGUUACUAACGGGUAUGCACUAAUGUUUUUCUGGUUUUUAUUUUCGAAAUAUUCAAUGACAGUGAUAAACAUGUAUUUUUGUAUUUCUGAUACACUCGAUUGACCGUUACAUUGUUUCCAUAACAACCCGUUGGACAUAAACACGGGGCUUGAGCAUUUCACUGUUUGUAUAAUAACCCGUUGGGUAUAUACAUUGUUUAAAUAAUAACCCGUUGGGUAUAUAUAUACAUACACGGACAGGAACAAUGUUUAUAUAAUAACUGGACAUGAGUAUUUCAUUGUUUACAUAAUAACCCUGUAUAUACACGGACAGGAACAAUGUUUGCAUAAUAACCCUAUGGGUAUAUAUACGGACAGGAACAAUGUUUGCAUAAUAACCUGUUGGGUAUAUACACGGACGGGAACAAUGUUAACAUAAUAACCUGUUGGGUACAUACACGGACAGGAACAAUGUUAACAUAAUAACUCAUCGGGUAUAUACAUGGGCAGGAACAAUGUUAACAUAAUACCUGUCGGAUAUAUACACGGACAGAAACAAUUCAUUGUUUACAUAAUAUCUCGUUUAAUACAUGUACAUACACGGACGGGAACAUUUCAGGUGUUGCAAUAUAGACAUAAAACACGCAAGAUACGUGGGCAGUUUUUAUUGUUGUUGUAAAUUUUAUAGUUUUUAAUCAGUUUAUUGUUUGUCUAUAUUUACUGUAAUCCUAUAAUCAACCCUAGUGGAUAUAAAACAUGGUUUUACUCAACUUAGGAAUUAAUCAAAUUUACAUAAUUUCUAUACUGCAUUGACAUAUUAUGUGUAGGAUAAAACAAGAGACUGAGGUUAUGCUGGUGAAAGAAAUACUGACGAAAAUAACCCGAGAAAAAGAAAAACCGUUGCCGACAGGCCGGAGUUUUUCUGUCGGUUUUUUUUCUGAAGUCUUUCUGCCCCAGCAUAAUCAAAGUCGAGGACUUUGUCUUGUUUACAUGUACGUAAAAUGAGAUUAGAGACUUUUGGCAAGCGGAUUUUCCCCAUCCGUAUCCCGUAUCCGUAUCGUAUACGUGAUACGUUGCGUCAAUGUAGUUUUAGAGUUUUGGCAGAUUUUAGCAAUUUUUGGUUUCACUAGUGUAUUAUUUCAGAAAGUUUAGCACUUAGAUCAAUCAGUAUGCAGACAGGCGGGAAAAAUAUGAAAAUUCCGAGAAAAACCCAUCAAAAAUAAUGAUUAAAUUCCAGUCGUUAUCACUGUUAAAAUCACAUCAAAUACACACCUUCGUGUUCUAGGAUACACACAGAUUCAUAAAAACGCUAUGAUGCAACAUUUCAGCGUCUAAAAGUAGCAAAAAAAGACGGGAAAAGGACAACAGUGUUAUACGGACCAUUUCCGUAUGAAAGCCGUUCCAUACGUGCUGCCGUAUCCGUGUGCCGUGUAUGAGAAAUACACAGACAUUGAUGACGUCACACGCAAAAUCCAUACGGAUACGCGAUACGGACCAGGAAAAUACGCUUGCCAAAAGUCUCUAAUAUCCCAGAAUUCCCGUAAGAAAAACCUUAUAUCAUGUUUUCUUAUGGAAAAAAAACUACCCUGGAAGAAUAACCCGUUACAGGUUUAAAGAAAAACUUUCAGAAGAAUAACCCCAAAUUCCUCUGUAUAUAUACAAAGCCGGUCCGACUUUCAGACCGCAAGUUAUUUCGGGCAUAGAGUCAAAGAGAUUUACCGAUAUAGGUUUAUCAAUCAAAAGUAAAAUACUGGUGUUUUGAAAUGUAUAAUAUUUGAAUACAUCUUGGGUUGAGUUAUACCAAGAGUUUGAUGUCCUUAGCAAAUUAAAAUUUAUAUGCUGUUUUAUACAAAGUAGCAGAUUUUUAUUUUUAAAAUUUAUAUUCUAUGAAUAAAGAUAUUUUUAUUAUA